AUGGCUAUGGCAGCCAUGUCCAUCGUCUCGCCCCGUUCGGGCAACUACGACCGCCUCGAGGGCGGCAUGGGACCCUCUCGCCUCGGGCCCCCACAACGCGGCUGGCGCCGCUUUGGGUGGAAGAAAUUCGCAAUCGGUGCUGCGCUCCUCAUCGGCUUCGUCUGGCUCUGGGGACCCCGCGAACGGAAUCUGGAUUGGGAAAGCGUGAAGGAUUAUACCAAGGGGUUGGGUAAAGACCUAAUCCCAUUCAACCCAAUCAACAAAGACACCGACUCUCCCCCUCCCCCGUCCGUCCAACCACCCACCAACGCCCCCACCUCCUUCGAGUCCGACCCUGACCCCUCCAAAACAGCCUACUGCACCACACCCCACGACCCCACCAAACCCCUCGUGCAAUGGGCCCUGAUGAUCGACGCAGGGUCCACCGGCUCGCGCAUCCACAUCUACAAAUUCAACAACUGCAAGUCGUCGAUCACGUACGAGUACGAGGUGUUCAAGAUGAUGCAGCCCGGCCUGUCGUCGUUCGCUGAUGACCCCGAGGGCGCCGCGCGGAGUUUGGACGUCCUCCUCGACGAAGCCGUCCGUGUCGUACCAGAGGAUAUGCAAAGUUGCACGCCUGUAGCUGUGAAAGCUACCGCCGGGCUCCGACUUUUGGAGGGCCGUAAGAGCGAGGACAUCCUAGAGAAAGUGGAGGAAAGGAUAAGACGCCGGUACAAGUUCCAGCUGCCCGAUGAGAAUGGGGUGGAGAUCAUGGACGGAAAAGACGAAGGUGUCUAUGCGUGGAUUACGGCUAACUACCUGCUCGGUACGAUCGCACCAGGCGGUAAGCCGAAAACCACAGUCGGCAAAAAGGGGAGCAAUACGUACGCUGUACUCGACCUCGGCGGCGCCUCCACGCAAAUCGUAUUCGAACCCUCCAGUAUCGGACCCGCCUCACCCCUCGAACCCGGCGAGCACAAGUACGACCUCGAUUUCUCGGGAUCCGCAUUCGAGUUGUACCAGCACUCGUAUUUGGGGUACGGAUUGAUGAGGGCGAGGAGUCACGUACAUCGGUUGGUGGAUUUUAUGGCGGGGAUUAGGCCGAGGCCUGCGAAGGCUAGCAAGUACCACCCUGUUGACGUUGACGGGGACGGCGAGCCCGAUUACGAGGUUGUCCCGAACCCGUGUUUGGCGCGGGGGAUGGAGAAGGUGGUCGAAGUCCAGGACGAGUUCUUCGACCGUCCCCCCUCCUUGGACGAUGACGACGACGACGACGACGAACCCCUCACAGUCAAGAGGAAUGUGACGAUGUCAGGACUGGACAUCGGCUCCUUCGAAGCCUGCGACAAAAUCGUCCAACUCGUCCUCGCCAAAGACGCAAUCUGCGAGAUGAAACCGUGUUCCUUCAACGGUGUGUACCAACCCAACCUCCUCGACUCGUUCAAAAACGGUAAAGUCCUCCUCCUCUCGUACUUUUACGACCGGCUACAUCGACUACUCCCACCACCACCCUCCUCGUCCUCACCCAAAACCUCCAAAAACCCAACGAUCGCUCUCACUCCCUCACCCCCUCUAACCGUCUCCUCUAUCGCCACCUACGCCAAGACAAUCUGCGCUGGCCCUGAAACCUGGUCUACGAUCCCCCACUUCACCGACAAUAAAAAGUUGAUGGAGGAGUUGGAAGGACGACCGGAGUGGUGUUUGGAUUUGACGUUUAUGCAUGGGUUGUUGAAGUGGGGGUAUGAGUUUGAGGAGGGGAGGAGGGUUGAGCUGGGGAAGAGUGUGGGAGGGACGGAGUUGGGGUGGUGUCUGGGUGCUACGUUGGGGUUGGUUGGGGAGGGGAGGGUUAGGUGUCGGGCGUAG